GCGGGCGGCAACGAUUGAUUUUUGAAUCGCAGGCAGGCACCUUUGUCGUCUUCUCUGGUGGUUGUCGGCAUAUGAAGGUCCAGCGGCCCUAUCCACCGGCAUACCAGAACAUACUUCUGCAGUGGUCGCGUGGAAGGGUGCCUGCAUGCGAUUCAAUUGAUGGCAAACAUGCAGAGGAGAUUGCCUCUGCUGGUGCUCGUUGUAAUAGUCUUCCUGUUUGUCGUCUUCCUCCACGUGUGUUUGUCGUGCCAGCCGUGGAAGCAACAUCGCAAGCGGAGGGCAUCAAUAAAACGGCAGGCAGGGGAACGUCCGAUGGCGGGCAUGCAGGCACGCGCAGUUCUGGCUGCAGGUCUAGGCGGAAGACGACCUGCGACGGCGGAGCUUCCACGGUGGUACGACCCGUCCAUGUACACCCAUUUAGAGUCGUGGGAGAUGCCACUGCCCCCCUCAGACGAGGAGUCGGAGACGGAAGAACUUUCAACGUUGCCUCUCGCCAGCGGGGCGAUGCAGCUGUUCUCGCAGACGGUGCGAGCAGGCGGGUCGGCUAGCAACGAAGGCGGCGAGUUCACCUCACUCCUGCACCAAGGCUUGGGAGACGACGACGACGGAGGACUUGAUCUCAGGUUCGGGUUGUGUUCUGGAAGCGCUUGGGAGGCAAGCCGUACGUUCAUCAUCAACGUUGAUCCUUCACCACGUGGCCUUCAACAUGCUGGAAGUGAGCAUAUGGACCAGUCCACACUUUGUGGCGGUGCGUUCAUUACUGGCGGUGUCGGGCCAUCGCCAGCAGCCCGGCAGCAUGGAUCGACUACACCGUCCGCCGAUCGAUUGACAAGUACCUGCCCAGCACGCACUGGAGUACCAGUCGGGUCCCUGCUCAUCGGCGGUGCACGUCCUUCGAUGCCCAACCGCACAACGCCUACCCAACCCGACCUGAGGGACGAGGGCGCCCGCAUACCACCGGUGCUUCCAGGACCCACUGUGGAGAACAUCACACGAGGAGUGUCAAACAUGCGGGCACACAGCGAUGGCGGCGACGACGAUGGCGGUGGCGGUGAUGAUGCCGACAAAGGAUUCAGGGAGGACGUGGAAGCAAGGGACGAUGACGACGACAUUCCUAUUUGGCCUUUGGGGAAGACCGGUGGGAGGGGGAGAGGACACAGCAGAGGUGUUGUUCGUGGUCGGUCCGUUGGUCGUGGCGGCAGAGGUGGCGUCAAUGACGACGACAGGAAGUCUGCGACGUACUCGUCUUCGGAAGACCAAACGCUCCUGGUGAGAUGCAAGCGGCAGAGAACCGCAGAGCCACGUCUGAAAGGGGGUGUGUUGUUUGGGGAUUGUGGACGAGGGGGUUCUGGAGUGGAAAGGGGGGGGUCGAUGGCUGCGAGGGAUAGGUGCGAUGGGGUGGCCAAGGGUGAAGAGAACGCUGUCGUCGUCCAUCUGGGCAGCGAUGAUGACGAGCCCUUGGAUAAACGUCGCCAGCGCACUCUUGCACAAGGCACCCCAGCGCCGGCGGCAACGGCACGCGCUGUGGUAGACGAAAGGCGACUUACGGGUAGACUACCCGCCACGCCGUCUCAGCCACGUCAGCGCAACCCGGGUGAUGACGGAGGGUCCGUCCAGCGCGGCGGCGGGGGGGAAGUCAUGGCAGACACGUGCGCAGUUGGGGGCGAGCCGACAGGUGCUGCGGGUGCGGGUACUUCAGGCACUGUGGCCCCCUUUGUGACGGCAAGAGAGGCGGCAACAGUUGUGGUGGCGGCGAGAGAGGAGGCGCGUGGCGAGAAUAGAACUAACCGGGACGGCGGCGAGCCCGGUUCGAGCCGCGCCUUUCGUCCCUCGGAGCGUCGUCCUGCCCAAAUCCACCACGAAGGUAGCCAAGAUCACCGACCCAUCACAGCUGCAGCAAGCGAUCUCCCGUGCGGCGCAAUGGAGAACAUUGCUCGACACAUCUUACACGGCUGGGUAUUCAAGUCCGGGAACCGCCCAAGGGGAUACAAUGUGGCUUUCCAGUACUCGCUCGAGUCCAUAGUGACGGACAUUGCGCGUGCAAUGUGGUACGGCGAGGAGUGGUGCAACGUCGUCAGUGCGACGGUAUGCGCCCAAAUGAUAGAUCUGUCCAUGGACUUGCCGCUAUGGUUUGCCGACACCAACAUCGAGGACAGACCUGAGGACGACGACAUGGCAGCGUACCAGGAGUCCACCGUCAUGGCGGGAGACGAUCUGCGCAGCCACUACAAAGCUUUCUACUUCGCCAACCUGGUGGCGAAGCCCACACUCGUCGCGUCCAUGCAUCGGUCCUUCGAUCAUCGACGAUCUUUCAUCCACGCCGCAAAAGUCGUCACGGAGAGGCUUGGGAAGGCGAACGCUACGUUUAGAGAGUACCCCGACUACAUCCCUCGGCUGGCAACUUGUGGCAUUGGUUUCGGGCACGGCGCAAGCAUAACGGGGCCAGAGGAUGCGAAGAAGCUAGAUUGGUUGGGUUCGGGCCCCCCCGAUGAUGACAACAACGACGAUGGAAAAAAUGAUGGGUAGGGGGUGGGGGGGGGCGGCGCUUGUGUGAAUGAGGGUGCAUGUACACGUGGCUGGUCGUGAUGGGCUUCCCGAUGGUUGGACUGUUGUGCAAUGCGCACCUGUUUAGUGUGUCGGUGGGAGGGAUUCGCCAGAAUCGUCGUCGGUUGUGCAGAUGUUUAGUGUGUCGGUCAUGGCAUAACGACGGGUUGAUUGAUUUCAAUCGUGUAUUUUGCGUGCGGGUCAUGUAUUGUGUUUUUAUCAUCGCAGUUCGCUGCGCAAGAACUUCAGAGCGCUUUUAGCGCACCCUCUU